AUGUCGGCUGCAGCUCGACUUGUCCGACUCGUGGCUCUCUCGCUGUGCCUCCUUCCCAUUGUCACCACCGCGCAAGAGCGUUCGCUGCGGGGAGCAUCGUCGUCGUCGGGGCGAGGUGGACUACCAGACGGUUCCGCAUGUCGCCUGGACUCCAACCUCAAGCCCGCGGGGGAGCCGUGCGCCGCCUCGCCCUUCGUGUGCGUGGUGACGAGAGUGCCUACGGCCAAGGACCCCUUCUACAAGGGCAUCUGCAACUCCUCCUAUGCUGGUAGCCCCUCUACCCUCUCCGCGGCUCUCUUUCCCUCAACGCCGAAGCCACAGCGCGUGGGCGACACGGGCAUCCUGUCCGUGUCCGCGCAGUCGUCCCUGCGCUCCAUCCUCGCAUCGCUCGGCGCCAACACGGCUCGCUGCGACUGCCAGGUCAUCGGGCCGUGCUACGUGGACUGGAAAGGCAAGCAAGUGAAUGGCCCGGACGGGGUGAUGUGCCCGGAACGACAGAGCCGCUGCGUGAUCCAGGAGGUGGGCGGAGGCGGCGCGGACAAACAGGGCCGACCCAUAGACGCGGGGACAUGCGAGUCGGCGGGCGAGCUGAACACGUGCAUGGUGGCGGGGAAUGGGUGGGGACCCAAGUACUAUGCGCGGGGGGUGCAGGGACUACCGGAUGCUCUGGACGAGUGCAGGCGGUGCCGGUGCAGCGAUGGGAACCAGGUGUUCGGGUGCGUCAAAGUGCCCAAGUGCAAGUCAGGCGGUGGAGGCGGGUGGGACGAUGAUGCUGCUGCUGCUGCGGAUGCUGCAGGGGCAGCGGCCGUUGGCGAUGUGUAUGUGGAGGGGCUCAAGGCAUGA